AUGGCUGGAUGGGACAAGCAGCAUCAUCGUCAGCAAGGAAGCGAAGCUACUUUACCUUACAUGGUGAGCCGGCAGCACACGACAUACGACAUGCGACAACUUAAGCAACAUGCGGCGAUGCGCAUCUGUGUUUCCAGAAAUGUUUCUGGGCGCAACGGGAGAGACAGAGAUGGCUCACCAACCAUGCAACACGACUGCAAUUCCAUAUCGUCUUCCAGAGUACAGCAACCGCACGGAGCCAAUUGGGAUUCUUCGAUUCUUUUCCUUUUCGUACAACCAUCCACCCAUGCCCGUCCCAUUCCAUCCCAUCGCGCAUCAGCCCUGCUGCACCUCAUCAACCCAAAGUAUGGGGACAGGUCGGCAGUGUCCAUUUUGAGAGAUGUUUCGAUUGGGAAGGAUGCUGAAGAUGACUCUUUUGACCGACCCCCCGUUCACCCUUACCUCAGGGCUCCCGUCGCCAGUCUCCAUCGCAGCCAGCCCCCCCUCCACUUGCGCACACCUACAUCUACGAGUACACAGUAA